CAGAUCCUGGUGCUGGGCCUGGACGGGGCAGGGAAGACUAGUGUCCUCCACUCCCUGGCAACUAGCCACGUCAAGCGCAGCGUGGCCCCCACCGAGGGCUUCAAUGCCAUCUGCGUCAGCACCGAAGAGUCCCAGAUGGAGUUCCUGGAGAUCGGGGGCAGUGAACCUCUGCGUUCCUACUGGAAGAUGUACUUGCCCAAAGUGCUCUUGCUGAUCUAUGUCGUGGACUCGGCCGAUCAUGCCCGACUGCCGGUGGCAAAGCAGCUGCUUCAUCAACUGAUCCAGAACAACUCCACCCUGCCCGUGGUGGUUCUGGCCAACAAGCAGGACCUCGAAGGUGCAUAUUGCAUCACCGAUAUCCACGAUGCUCUGGCACUGUCUGAUAUUGGGGACGAGAGGAAGAUGUUCUUGAUUGGUACCCACGUGGCAGAAGAUGGCUCUGAGAUCUCCUCCAGCAUGAAGGAUGCCAAGGAGCUGAUAGCGCAGCUGGUUUUGGAAGCAGAGCUCGUGGGGGGAAACCAAGAGACGAUCUGGACCCUCUCCCGGGGUGCUGCGAGAGCUCGACUAUCACCAAGAACAGCAGCGUUGGCCAAGCCCAAGCAAGAUUUUGGCAAGCACCAGCGCAGAUCCCUCUUCUUGUACGGCUGUGGUCGGGAAUCAACGACCUGGGAGCGUCCCCUGCUAGAGGGUUUUGGUUUCCCUUCUGAUCGGCUGCUGAACUUGUCUGAACCUAAAAAAUACCAGGCUGCUUACCUACAGCAAAGUGACCUGGGAGCUGCACGGAGCUACCAGGCAUCCCCGCGGAUCCUGGGGCUGGCCCGGCCACAGUUCCUGCUGGCCAGAGAGGUGCCAACACUGGGUACAAACGCGGGGGCCUUGGCCAGAGCAUCCUCGCGGUUACAGCAUCUCGCAGAGCCCCGGGUCAGGAAGGUGACCUGCUACUCUAAGUGUGGCUUUCGCGAAUCCAGCGUCCCUGAGGACCACGUUUCCAAGCUGGCACAGGAGGCAAUUGUGAGCCCUCAGACCCUGGAGCUGGAUCGGGCCAAAAGAUUGCAUCCUGACUGUGUGCCCCUGUGGGAUGCUGAGUGGCCAGUGACGAAGGCCGCAAAGCAGACGGUGGCCACACCAAGGCUCGUGGAACUGGCCCAGCCUUGCAAAAGACCUCCCAUGGGCUCAGCUCGAUUCAAUCCAGAUGUGUUCAAAGCUCAGAAGGCAACUUGUUCUGCUCGGAUCCAGGACCUGGCUUGUCCGAUGCGGUGCUGA